CGUGCAUUUGUUUAUAUACUAUAUUAUUAUUAAAAAUGAGUAAAAAAGUAGUAAUUAAUAAACGCUUAAAGUGCUUAUCGCGUGAGGAACUAGAACAGUUAAGCAAAACUGAAUUAAUGGACAAGGUUGUGCAGCUGGAGGCAUAUAAUUUUCAGCUAAAAAAUUUGUUACAAAAGAAAUUGACUGAAAGCGAUCGAAAUACCGGCGAAUACUCCAUGUUAUUUGGAGGCGUAGAAGACGGCCAAGUCAGUAGUACGUCUGGAGCUGGUCAAGUUGCAGAGAAGACUACUAGUAAACGGGAUAAACAACGUAAGUUUGAUUGGGCUAGCGCACACAAGCGCCAUGUGCUGCUGAAGGUAACGUACUUUGGCUGGGACUAUCAAGGCUUUGCCUGCCAAGAGGAUUCAAAUGACACCAUUGAGGCAAAUCUGUUUCGGGCACUUAUACGCACCUGUCUUAUUGAAUCCCGCGCUACGUCCAACUAUCAUCGCUGUGGGCGCACCGACAAAGAAGUGAGUGCCUUCUGUCAAGUCAUAUCCAUUGACUUGCGAAGUAAAUAUGCACCAGAUGUGCAACUACAGCCAGAAUCGCUAGCUGCGGAAAUAGACUACUGCACACUGCUUAAUCGUGUGCUGCCCAAGGAUAUUCAAUGCGUUUCCUGGAUGCCACUACGGAGCCCAGCUUAUAGUGCACGCUUCGACUGCAUUAGUCGAACAUAUCGUUACUAUUUUCCCAAAGGCGAUUUGGAUGUAGAAGCAAUGCGCUCUGCCUGCCAAUUAUUAAUCAGCCAUAGCGACUUUAGAAAUUUCUGUAAAAUGGAUGUUCAUAAUGGUGUCACAAACUAUAUGCGAAAUUUGCAGUCAGCAAGGAUAAUGCAGUGUGAGCACCAGCAGCAAACUGAUUCUAGUUAUGAUAUGUACUAUUUGGAAAUACAAGCAAAUGCCUUUCUGUGGCAUCAGAUACGCUGCAUUAUGGCUGUACUGCUUCUUGUGGGUCAGAGAAAGGAAAAGCCUAGCAUCAUAACCGAUCUGCUUGACGUCGAAAAAAAUCCCUGCAAGCCACAGUAUACACCUGCCAUAGGCUUACCUUUAAAUUUAUUCCAAUGUGAUUUUCGCUCAAACACGACGCGUCGAACAGCAGCACCGGAGGAGCUUGACGAGGCUAUGGAAAUAUCUGCAGAUAAUGACGUAAAUACUGCAUUGGAAUCUGACUUAACCGAUUGGAUUCACAGCGAGGAAAAUCUGCAAAAGCUUAUUGAGAAUGUUCAGUGCGAAUGGACGCAAUAUAGCGUAAAAUGCAGCAUGAUACGCAAUGUGCUGCAGAACCUAGAGCAACUGCUGAAAAGCAAAUUCGAUGUCGAGCCGUUGUGUGGUCAGGUAUUUAGACUGCAGGAUGCGGUAAAGCCGCGUUGUUAUCAGCCGUUGCUGCAGCGAAAGCGUUGUGAGAGUCUGGAGAAUCGUAUUGAACAUUUUGUAAAGAAACAGAGACUUGUUGUAAAACCUGACUUGGUUGAUAUAACGGAGCAGUGUAAAGGAGAUAAAUAAAUUACUACACUAUUUA